GCAGCAUUGUUCAGAAUUAACCACUUUUUGAGUAUCCCACGUCAGCCAGAUUCAUUGGUCUUCAGCUGGAGUGGACACCCCUGUACAAUAGAAUGGCUUCACAACCUCUCCCACCUCAAAAGGGUUGCUCCACCUGCAACUGGAGCCGACAUGGAGAAAAAUGGAAACAUUCAGCUGGAGAUUCCUGACUUCAGCAAUUCUGUCCUGAGCCACCUCAACCAGCUGCGCAUGCAGGGCCGGCUAUGUGACAUUGUAGUCAAUGUGCAGGGCCAAGCAUUCAGGGCACACAAAGUAGUACUGGCUGCCAGUUCACCUUACUUCCGGGACCACAUGUCGCUCAACGAGAUGAGUACGGUUUCCAUCUCUGUCAUCAAAAAUCCCACUGUUUUUGAGCAACUCCUCUCUUUUUGCUACACGGGCCGGAUAUGCCUCCAGUUGGCUGAUAUCAUAAGCUACCUGACUGCAGCUAGUUUCCUGCAGAUGCAACAUGUUAUAGACAAGUGCACGCAGAUCUUGGAGGGCAUUCAUUUCAAAAUUAAUGUAGCCGGCGUUGAAGCAGAAUUGAGCCAAACAAGGGCAAAGCAUCAAGAACGGCCUCCAGAAUCUCACCGGGCUUCCCCAUCUCUGAAUCGCUCUCUGAGUCCACACCACAGCACCCCGAAAGGAAGCCGCAUGGGCCAGGUCAGCACUGUGCUGGACAUUCGGGAACUUAGUCCUCCUGAGGAGUCUACAAGCCCUCAGAUAAUUGAGCAGAGCUCAGAUGUGGAGAGCAGGGAGCCCAUACUGAGGAUUAAUAGGGCAGGUCAGUGGUAUGUGGAGACAGGAGUGGCAGACCAUGGAGGGCAGGGUGAUGAUGACGUCAAAGUUCUUGGAGCAGUACGAAUCAAAACGGAGAACCUGGAGGAGUGGCUGGGGACAGAAAACCAGCCAUCUGGAGAAGAUGGGAGCAGUGCUGAGGAGGUCACUGCCAUGGUGAUUGAUACCACAGGCCAUGGAUCAAUGGGACAGGAAAGUUACACAUUAGGCUCAUCAGGAGCAAAAGUGGCCAGGCCAACCAGCACAGAGAUUGACAGAUUUAGCCCUUCUGGUAGUGUGGUUACUGUAAAUGAGCGGUACAGGUCAAAAAGUGAAUCUCCAUGGCGGGUGGAUGAACCCAAACAACCCAGUUCCCAGGUGGAGGAGUCUGCUAUAGUUGGAGUGAGUGGCUAUGUUGAAUAUCUCCGUGAACAGGAAGUAUCUGAGAGGUGGUUUCGCUACAACCCACGUCUCACUUGCAUCUAUUGCGCCAAAUCCUUCAAUCAGAAGGGCAGCCUGGACCGGCACAUGCGGCUCCACAUGGGCAUCACACCCUUUGUUUGCCGUAUGUGCGGCAAAAAGUAUACUCGCAAGGAUCAGUUGGAGUACCAUAUCCGCAAACACACGGGAAACAAACCCUUUCACUGCCAUGUCUGCGGGAAGAGUUUCCCCUUCCAGGCCAUCCUCAACCAGCACUUUCGUAAGAAUCAUCCUGGCUGCCUGCCUCUGGAGGGGCCGCACAGCAUCUCCCCAGAGACCACAGUUACAUCGAGAGGGCAGGCUGAGGAGGAAUCUCCUCUUCGGGAAGAAGCCAAUAUGGCAGGGGAGACAGCACAGGGAUCUGUGUCCACCACUGGGCCAGACUGAAGAGGAAUGCAAAAUGGGGGAGAGGGAUCCUCUCAGUCCGUAAGCAAAUCCCAUUGAGAUGGUGAGCUUGAGUUCUCAUUUGUGCAAUGUCGCCGCUGGACAAAGAAGCUCCCAAGAUGUUGCCAAAAUAGAAAUGAUAUGAAAACAUAAAGUGCUAAAAGCUCACCUCCUUUUCCUCAUCUCCUUUUGAGGGGACGAGACAAAAACUGGGUCAACUAACCUCCGAUUCAGGGAUUGACAGCUUUUUUGGGGGGGGUGGGGAAAAGCUUUUUU